AUGGCCGACGGCGGCUAUGGCGGGGCAGCUCCGUCGUUGGAUUCGCUCUUCAGAGGCAAAGCCAAGAAGAAGAUCAAGCCCAUGAACUUCAAUCCGACCUUCAAAGCUGCGGGGCCCACGUUGCCAAAGGGCCCUGCUGCCGCGUUGAGGCCUAUGGGAGGCAGUGCUUUCAAUUCUUCACCCAGCUCCAGUACGGAAGGAUGGGCGAGAGAGCUGAAGAAGGACCAAGACCUUCUCAAAAGCUGUGGGCUUUGGGUCAAAGAAGUCGAGGGGGAUGGCGCCUGCUUGUUUCGAGCGUUUGCCGACCAGUUGGUUGCAGACGAACUUGACGCUCAUGCGCAGAUGCGAGAGCGCUGCGUAGACUUCAUGGAGGCCCACAGAGAUGACUUCGAGCCUUUCAUAGAUGAAGACUUCGAGGGCUAUUGCAGUCGCAUGCGCCAGAAGUGCACCUGGGGAGGCCACGUAGAGGUUCAGGCGCUGGCAAGAUUGAACGGAGUCAACGCUGUCAUCUACCAGCCAUCGCAAGCAUCUGGCAAGCCUGACCAGAUCCUGCGGUCCGCAGUCGAGAUCACUGCAAGCUCAGAGGAUGCACGCUGUGUGCAGUUAUCUUUUCAUCCGACGCACCACGCCGGACAGCAUUACAACUCAGUCAGGUGUUGUACUGAUGAUGGCAGUGGCGCCGCAGAGCUCGUCAGCUUUGGUGAGAUCAAGAGAAGAAUAGAGGAGACCUUGAGGCCAAAAGAAUCCGCUGUUCCGGAAGAGGCGGAGGACCGACGGGCUCCGAAGCGCGACGACUCAGGUUGA